CGAAAUAAUAAUUUGUCUAUUUGUUUAAAAUGUAUUGAAGGACCUUUGUUAAAUGAAAUUGGUUUGAUCAUGCAAUCUAGUUCAAAUAAUGAUAAUACAUCAAGAAAAAUGCAUCUUUAUUCGGGACACGAUAUCAGUAUAAAAACGGCAAUGAGCUUUCUAGGAAACACUAUUAAAUUACCUGAUUUUGGUGGUUCGUUGCAUUUCCAUUUGUAUCACGACGAAAUAAACAAUGAACACACUAUCAAAAUGUUCUUUUACGACCAUUGGGACAAUGAAGAAGGAAAAGAAGUCUUAAUACCUAUUUGCGGUGAUCCGUGUACAUUUAAGGAGUUUAAAAAUCUU